AUGGGGAAUAAUAUGGGUCGUCAUCAACUAUACUCGGUAAUAAAUGCAACAUCAAGAAGCUUCUCGCAUGAGCUGAGGGAUCUGUGGAAUAGUCCAAGGGGAACAGUGCUCCGAAUUGAGACAAUAGCCCUAGUGGCCAUGGUUCUCUCCUUCUUUCUUGCUGCCUUCGGGUCCUGCUGCCGCUGGUCCAACAGUUGGUUCAUACAAAAGGGCUUCUUGGCUGCGAAUGCAUUGUUUCUAUCCCUAGGAACCUACUGCAUUGGCCUAAUGCAAUCUUCUCAAGUGAAGAGCGAGAUGUACCCCUUAUGGGCAGUAUCCUUGAUGGCCCUCCUUUGCUGCGUUGAUUCAGCCGCCGGAUCCAGCCUCGACAGCAGGAGUCAGCUCUGGAAGAUGUUGUAUCAGCUCUGCCUCUACUUUGGAUAUGUUCUUUUGAUGAGCAUCUCGACCAUCACCAGUGAUGUUGGUAACAUAGCCAUUUGCUUGCUAGCCGCUGUGACCUUCUUCAAGGGAUUCCAUAGGUCAAUGGCGCUGGUGCUACCAAGUUCUAUGCGGAACAUGAUAGCUUCCAUGAGGUUCCAAGACAGUAGGCUCAAUGCCUGCAAGGACAUGUGCGUCUCCCUCUCUCUAUCUCAUCUGUUGCACCGGCGUUUCCUUGGGUUAAACAGUGCUCAACCAACAAUGGAUAAUAGGGAGCCCUUGGUUAAGAACUACGAGAGGGCCUUGAAGCUGGUUGAGACUGAGCUAGCUUUUUUAUAUGAUGUCUUGUACACCAGCAAUGCAUUCCUCCAUUACUACGAAGCGAGGAGUGCUAGCAUCUGGGCGUUUGCUUCGCUUAUUGGGAUAUGUUUUGUUGGGACGACAGUGGCUGUCAUACCUAGGUCGAGGGCUACUCCUCGUCAUGCUUCUUCUCCUGGCAACACCUUUGUGGACACCACGGUAGCGGACUUUGUCAUUACUGGAGUGAUACUGGCGUCUCUAGCUCUACUGCAGGUGUUGCAGUUGCUACGCUGCUGGACCUCAAACUGGGCCAAAGUCUCCUUUGCCCGCGACUGCAAAAGGAUCUUCCGUCACCGUAACGACGUACCAGUUAUAGAAAAUGAGGAUUUAAUUAUAAAAAAUGAGGAUUUGGGUUGGGGAAUGAGAUUGAGAGCAUCUCUUAUCAAGAUUGACUGGUCUGACAAAUACCAAUACCUCUGGCAGAAUAAGCUCGGGCAGCAUUCAUUAAUGGAAUCAAUCACUUCUCAGCGCCGCAUGCUCCCUGGGCGCUCCGACAAUACAAAGAAACUGUACGUUGGAGUUAGAGACGUGGCAAUUUGGAGUGUCAAGUCCACUGCUACUGGAGACAAUAAGCUGCAGGCACUGGAAAGUUUUGACCCGUUCAAGUAUUGCGAUUAUUGUGAGCACAAGUAUGGAAUGUACUCCGCCGAGUACGGUGUGUUGAUGGGAUCCUCCACCAUCUAUGGCGCGGGUGUGGUGUUGGGGAAGGUACUCCGAAGCAUGCCUGCUGCUGAUCGGUGGGAGAUGCUGGCAGAGUUCUGGGUGAAGGCGUUGCUGUACGCGGCGCCGUCGGACAUGGUGGAGGAGCACAUGCAGCACCUCUCGCAGGGCGGCGAGCUCAUCACCCAUCUCUGGGCUCUGCUCUAUCACACCGGCGUUCACAGGUGGCACCUUGACCCGUCGUCAUCAGGAUGGGGUGGGACUACAUCUUCCGGAUCCGCUCAUGGAAAGACGUCGAUCCACCUGCUCAGGUACGCUGCUGCAUACAGUUAUAUUGUACACAACACCAACUAG